UAGAUAAUUUUCUGCAGUUUAUCCAUAGAUAGCUUUAUCCAUAGAUAAUUUAAGUCUGUUCCAGUGCCAAAGCUAAGGUUUUAAAGCAUCAAAAAUUUAAAAAAUUGAAGUUUCUGGUGCAUAAUUUAACAUUUAUUUUGAGGCAGAAGCUUCUUUUCUCUAUUAAUGUUUAUUAACCAAUUUCAAAUGUUUGUUCUUACAGAAACUAAUUGCCAGGAUGGAGCUCUAGUCGGAGUUGGCCGAGGAUUGGAACGAGGCAUUUCAGGAAUUACUAAUAAUGCUGAAGGCGUAAUAAGCGAUGUCACCUUACAUGGAAAUCUCUUGGGAGUCGCAGGUGAUGCUGUUGAUCAUGUUGGACAUGCUGCUCAAGGCUUAAUUGACAAUGUGGAUCAUGGGCUUGGAAACGGAAUAGAUGAUCUUGCUUGUGGAAUUGGAAAAGAUGCUGACGAGAUUGCUGAAGGAGUCCAAACUGGUGAUAUCCUUGGUGGACUUGCCGACGUAGCUGGUAGUAAGUAUUUUCGAUUAUUUUCUACAAUUUCCUAAUUAACUCUCAAAUUUUCUAGAUUUUGAUUUUGUUUAAUAUACAAUUAGAAAAUAUAACUAAAAAUAAACUCUUUUUAAGUAGGAAUACCAUUUCAGUUGGAAGAAAAAUAAAAAAAAGUAUAUUUCAUAUUUAAAUACUGAAAUUGAAUGUUUAACUUUUUGUUCAAUUUUGUUUGUUUUGUUUAGUUUUAAUAUCAGAAAAAUUACUUUAUUUCUAGAAUGAUAACCGUGGCAAAAUAGCAAUUAUUAAAAUGUCAGUACUUCACAAAAUCUUAAACAUUUGCAUAAUCCAUAAAUUGUCGUUAGUUUUGUCAGGUUUGUAUUAUAAAUGCAACAAAUUAAAAAAGAGAAUAUAGUAAUUAUCAUACUCCAUCUUGGGAUAUACUAUUUUCAGAAGCUUGAACCUAGAAGUUUAAAAAUUUCUCAUGAAUAAAACGCUUAGUAUCAAACUUUUCUCUAAAUAAAACGUAGAAACCAUGACAAAAUUAAACAUCAGUCAUAUAGCCAAAAAAUAUCUGGUAAAUUUACCAUACUGUUGGUUAAAGAUAUUUUUAGUAAAAUAUACCUUAAUUAUAAAUAUAAAAAAAAAAUAUGGUAUUAAAAUAUUUGGCAAUGUUUCCAUUUGUAUAGUAACUCUUUAUCCGAAAUUAAAAAUAACAAAAUUUGCGUUUUCAAACCUUUAAAAGACAUUUAAUUAAUUAUAGUUAUUAAAACCACAUAUUUAGUAAAAAAAUGCUCAAAAGCGAAUAUAAUCGAAUAAAUAGUUUUUUCGCCAUGCUCUAAGAUGUCAUAAUAACACAGCCGAAUUUCACCACAUUUUCCAAAUUUUGUUACAUAUUAUAAAAUCAUGUUUGUUAGUUUUACCAAAUUCAUUAACAUAGCUCUUUUUUUAAAAAUUACCCUUCUGUUUGGCGUUCCCCUACAGCCCAAAACACUGUAAAGUUUACCAUACUGUGGCAGUUUUGAUCAGAUACUUAAUGCAAAAUAAAUUUUUAAUUAGCUUUAAGUGUUACGUCGAUAGAUCUUCUUUAAGGGCAAUAUUCCGUUAAACUCCAAAUAGAUGUAUAAGUAUUUACCUUUUUAGAGUUUCUCUAUAUAUUUUGAAAAUUAGUAGUAAUGACAUUUCUGGGAGUUUUUUAACUAAAUUUUUUAAUUUAUAUGAAAGGUAUGGCAAAUGUUUUGAUUUUAAUUGAUGUCGUCGUAAUUUCCUAUUAUUAUGUUUAGAAAACUAUCUUUUUUGAUGAAUUUGACACAAUAAUAUUAUAAUAUAUUUGAAUACAAACAAAUAUAAAUUCGUAAGAUAGCAAGUUUAAAUAAAACACGCAAACUAUAUUAAAUUGAUAUUAAUAAGUGCAGUGAUAUUAUUUAAUAUAUAAGGAUAUAUUAUAACAGGGAAUAUUAUGAUAUAUGAAAGUUAAGUCCCUACGUUUUGAGAAUUUUGCCUUCUUUUAGAAAUCUAAAAUUACAAUUGGAAAAAAAUAUGCUUCUAAUUCCAUACAUGGUAUAUCUUGGGAAGAACAAUUUUUGUCAUUUUAACUGCAAAAAACUGUCAUCUAAAUGAUAUAAAGUUACAUAAAAUAUAAUUUUUACAGCGACAGUAACAAGUGUUGCAGAUACACUCGGCGCUCUUGCUGACGGCGCCGUCGGAGGAGUUGAUGAUGUUUUAGACCAAGCUUUGGAUAUACUUAAGAGCUUGUAAGAACGACAUAUGAUUUUCCAGACAUGCUCAAGACAUUCCAUGAAACAAGAAGUAUUAAAUUAAAAAUUGGAUGCUAUGUAAAAAAUCAACU